UCUUUUGAUCUACUGCCACAUGUUGCCCAUCACUACAGCGGCUGCAAUGUUGAUAAAAACCACUAUUUGCUACUAAAACAAAAUGGUUCACAAGCGAAAGUAUCCGUCGAAGCGUUCGGAACAUUCUAGCAAAUUUCCCAAUGGAAGUUUCUUGCGACAUGAGCGGAACGGUGGUGGCAGGCUUACGGAGGACAGGGGUGAAAGGCAAUUUGGUUCAAGCUGGAAGAAAGAGAGAAUUGUCUACGUCGUUUUGACUGUUUUCGCCGCAUGCGUCGCCGGAAUUAUGCAUAGGAACCACAUUGCCGGGAUGUUCGAAAGGCAUCUGCACUUCUCGCAUCUGUCAGAACUCGAUCGAGAUCUCAGCCUUAAAACAGAAAUGGGACUGUAUUUCUCCUACUACAAGACCAUGAUUACCUCUCCGACAUUUUUUGGAGGACUCAAUGAAAUCAUCUAUGACAAUGUAACUGAAUAUCCAAAGACUAUCAACACAUUGAAGAGGUUUAAUCUCUAUCCAGAGGUUGUCCUGGCAGUAUGUUACAGACUGUAUGACAGAGUCACCAAGUACUUCAACAUAGAAACCAAACAAUGUUGGAAAACGACAAGAGGCGGCCAUCGGCCGCCAACCAUCAGUUGUGAAGGUCUUGGCGACGUCCACUACUUUUACACAGAGAUGAUAUUCUUCGUGAAUGGUGCCAGUAUGACUGCACUGUUCCUUUUUGGAUGGUACCUCAGCGAGAGCUUCUUCGGGGGCGUUCUCGUGGUUGCAUCUUUCUUCUACAAUCACGGUGAGUGCACAAGAGUCCAGUGGUCUCCCAACCUCAGAGAGAACUUUGCCUACCCCUUCCUUGUUAUACAGAUGUUCACAGUCACGCUCACGCUAAAAUCAACACAGCCAGACCAUAAACACAGCCUCUUGAUCGCACUGGCCACCGCGUGUUUCAUACUGCCUUGGCAGUUUGGACAGUUUGUUCUCGUGACCCAAACUAUGUCUCUGUUUGCCAUGUACAUUCUACAAAUUAUCAACUCGCACAAACUGAUAGUCAUACUCGUUGGGCAGUCGGUUGGCCUUUGGGCGAGCUUCAUCUUCCUGUUUGGGAAUGAGAUGUUGCUGACGUCAUAUUUAUUUGCUGCUUUAGUCACUGCACACAUUCUUACCAGUUUCGAAUCGUUUAUUUUCCAAAUCAAGAGACCUCUGAUAAUAAUGAUGAUACAAGGGGCAUCUUUAGUCGCUGGUACACUAACAGUGAAGCGGGCGAUGUCGAUGAUGCUGUCCGUGAAGGACGAUGCCCACAUCAGCGCGAUCCUGCUUAGCAAGUUCACCAACUUCAGCAACUUCCACACCAAGAUGUAUACAUGCAAUUCCGAAUUCGACUUCAUGGCAUUUGAGAUUCCAAUGCGAAUGUCGAAGACACUACUAUUGCCAUCUGUAGGUAUUAUAGUGGUCGCCAUAAUUUGCAAUGUUCUCAAGAAACCAUUUGAAGGCUCGCGGAAUACACAAAUGAAAAGUGUCAUGGAACAUGAUACAUUAGCACAUGGAUUUGAACCACAUGCUGAGCUAGUCUACCAUGUGUUCCAGUUGGCCUCCUUCAGCCUGAUGGCAAUGAUGAUAAUGAGAUUGAAACUGUUGUGGACGCCCCACAUGUGUCUCGUCACCUCACUGCUGGCUUCGAGAAAGUUGUUUGGAUGCCUCUUCAGCGAGAAGAGGAGUCAUCUUUCUGCGAUCGUCUUGGUUUUAGCGCUGAUGAGUUACCAAGGUGUACAGAAUCUCGCACACCAGUGGGCCGUCAAAGGGGAGUUUGCCGAUUUACCCUUGGAAGAAAUGACACAAUGGGUUAAAGGCAACACACCACGGGAUGCUGUAUUUGCCGGACCAAUGCCGACAAUGGCGACAAUUAAGCUAGUCACUGAACGAUCUAUAGUAAAUCAUCCACAUUAUGAAGAUGCCCAACUGAGGGAACGAACGAAGAUUGCCUACGCUUGGUGUAGUCGCAAGCCACCACAUGAGGUGAAAAGAAGCUUAAAGGGAUUAGGGGUUGAUUACUUAAUUAUGGAAAGUGCAUGGUGUUUCGGCCAUUCAAAUACUGGAUGCACAAUGCUGGAUACCUGGGAUGCAGAUGAUGUCGAAAAUCGCAACCGGCCUUCGACAUGUGUGGAACUAUUCAAAAAGCCGGAACCAUACUUCAAAGCAGUCUUCAAAAACAACGCAUAUGUUAUUCUGAAGUUAUGAUGAUUUUCAGCAAGAUAAAAACCUGUGGAUCAUGGUACCCGAGAAGUUAUCAACGGCGUUUUCUCCGAAUUUGCUGCAGUAAGAUCUGGAGUUCCACAGGGAACGGUCCUGGGACCACUCCUGUUUUUGGUGUAUAUCAAUGAUUUGCCAACUGGUGUUUGCUCUCAAACCAGCAGGUUGUUUGCUGAUGAUUGCCUGCUGUACAGGAUAAUAAAGUCUACCGCGCGUUGACGCCGAAAUCCUACAGACUUGCACAGGUACAGAAACUGAAAUGGGAAAUGCAUUUUCAUCCAUCUUAAUGCGAGACAAUUCAAGUCAAAAUUAAUGAAACAAAGGAGAAAUGAAGUCUUUUGAGUGCCGCUGCAGCAACUUCGGCUGUGAUUAUCGAGAGGCGGAAUGAUAACAAACGCAAGUGAGUGUGGACCAGGCCCUCGAUAACUAUGACAUGUAUGAGGAGGCAGCGUGGAGCACUUCACUGCCUGUUGAGCGUCAUUCCUGAUAUUUCGCACACAUUUGUCUAUACGUUCCACAUAGUAUGUCAGCAAGUUGUAAAAUUACCACACAUUUUUUCUAUAAAUUGAUAAUUGACACCUUUCCUUCCAAAUGCAUUUUAUGUACAUGAGAUACGCUCACUAACAAAUAUCAAAUGGCAAUGCCCUAGAAAUGGGGGGGGGGGGGUAGAAUAUUGGUAUGAGUACUGCUCCCGCUUAAAUUUGCGGGUUUAGGUCCUUCCUUUCCAUUUUACGCAUAUCAGAGUCGUAACUUAGAGAUCUAGGGACUUGAAUGUCUUGAUAAAAGAA